AUGUCUGACUCCAUGGAUACGGGCACUCUGCGAGCUGCCCUGCCCGAAGGCAGUGCCCAGCACCCUCAGGGCCGUUCCGAGCACGCAGAGAAAUGGGCCAACCCGCUUCCGUACGAUUACGAGGAGCUUGCUCAACAGGGUCCUGAGGUCCCGGUCAAUUGGGAGAGCAAUGCUCGUGUCUAUGAGUUUGACAUGGAGCAAUUCGGCGACGUGGGACCUGAAUUUCCCGAGCUCGAAUUGCAACUCUUCGGCCCGCCCGCCGAGCGUGGUCUCAACAAUACUGGAAUCUCGUAUGAUCGAAUCACCGAGAUCGAGGUCCAGCAGCGCGGCGAUGUGCGAAUCGAGCCCAUCAAAGACUUUGCCAGCGCAGGCUUGCACCCUACCAUGCUCAAAAACGUCGAGAUGUCGGGAUACCGCGUUCCUACUCCCAUUCAGCAGUACACCUUAGCUGCUGUUCGCAAAGGCUUGGAUAUUGUGGCCAUCGCCCAAACUGGUUCUGGCAAAACUGCAGCCUAUCUCGUUCCUGUCUUGGACAAGCUGAUGGGCAAAGCCAAAAAGUUGGCGGCUCCUCGACCAAACCCAGCAUCCUUUGUACCCGGCGUUUCGCAGUCCGUUCGUGCUGAGCCUCUUGUCAUUGUCGUAUGCCCAGCUCGUGAGCUGGCGGUCCAAAUCUUCAACGAAGCUCGCAAGUUUUGUUACCGUACCAUGCUUCGCCCUUGCGUCGCCUACGGUGGAGGCCCAUUACGCGACCAGAUUGAGCAGCUCGGCAAGGGCUGUGACAUUCUCAUUGCCACUCCUGGCCGUCUCUGUGAUUUCAUCGACCGCCCUCAUGUGCUCACACUUCGUCGGGUCCGGUAUAUGAUCAUUGAUGAGGCCGACGAGAUGCUCCACGAUGACUGGGGCCAAGAUCUGAACACCAUCAUGUCUGGUGGCGAGCAGGAAGAGGGAAACGUUAAAUAUCUCCUCUUUUCUGCUACUUUCCCGAAGGACCUUCGGGACCUGGCUCGCAGCCAUCUGGCUGCAUCGCACAGCCAGAUCAACGUGGGGCGCAUUGGCAGCACCCAUGGAAAUAUCUUGCAGCGGGUUGUGGAGGUCCUCCCCGAGACCAAGAGAACGGUUCUCAAGGAGGUCAUUGAAGCUCUCGACCCCUGUCGAACGAUCAUAUUCGUCAAUUCGAAGCGAGUUGCCGAUGAGCUUGACGACUUUCUGUUCAACUCAGGCUACCCGUGCACUUCUAUGCACUCUGAUCGCACCCAACUCGAACGUGAGGGCGCCAUGCGUGCGUUCCGCGCCGGAACCUCGCCUAUUCUCGUCGCAACUGGUGUCAUGGCCCGUGGCAUUGAUGUACGUAACGUCAACCACGUUAUCAAUUACGACCUUCCCUCUGUCGAUCAUGGUGGAAUCGAGGAGUAUGUCCACCGAAUCGGUCGCACUGGCCGCAUUGGUCACAGGGGCAUUGCCACGUCUCUCUACUGCGCUGAUCGAGAUGAUGGCAUUGGCAGCGUGCUUGUACGAACUCUCCUCGAGACCGACCAGGAGAUUCCCGAUUUCCUUCAGGUUUUCAUGCCCGAGGGUGAUGAUCUUGAGAACCUCAAGUGGGAGACCGCCUCCAACGAAGAGGACCGUCCUGCUGGUGCCGCCGGCCAUGGCGGCGAGUCUUUUGAGCAGGGUGGAGACGAUGCCUGGGGCAGUGGCAACGCUGACGGAGGUGAGGACAACGGCGGAACCGCCAACGGUGAUGACGACGAUGGCGGUUGGGGCAAGAAGAAUGAUGAUGCUGGCAACAAGGAGUCCGCCGCAGAUGGCGGUGAUGCUUGGGGCGCUCCUGCCGCCGCCGCCGCCUGGUAA